AUGGCUGCGACUGAUGGCUCGAUUGCAACCAAAACUGCAAAAGAAGCGAAAGCAAAAAGGAUGCAAGAAGACGCUCUUUCAAGACUCAAACAACUCAGAAAGGAAGCUCGAAUUCGAAAAGCCAAAUCCGAUUCUUGUGUUGAUGAGAUUGUUCACAUUCAGGGUGGUGGUGAGUUACAUUUUGUGAACAACUCCCAAACUCGUGCGUAUUAUUUGGUGAAAAAUGAUUCGUGGUUGUAUUUGGAGCGUGAGAACGAUGGCUCAUCAAAUACACUGUACAUUGUACGCAGAUUGUCCGAUGGACGGAUCCUUACCAAAGCAAUGGUCGACUGA